AGGUAGAAUCAAUGGGUAUCAUCUGCCUUGACAAAUUUGGCCAACAUUGUUACUCAAUGCGAUCAGUUAAAUGGCAGUGGGUCUAUCUGAUUUUUGCACAGUACUCAAGAAUGUAACAUCACAAGCCAAAUUCCAAACAGAAUGUAAAGAUUGUGGCGUCACAAUCCAUUACCAUCACAACCAUACACGAAUCAAAAUUGUGUUGGUUCCAACUGCUCUCUCCUAACAGGAAAUCUGUCACCACACAUCAAAAGAAGUCAGUCCUGCACGACUCUCAAUCUGACCAUAUGUAAGUUAUAACAACCAAUUUUUCCACAGAUCAGUCGCUUGAAGAAUGAGAGAGUAGGGAACGUUCUGAUCCUGAAGUCACUUUGUAUAAAAUCCUUUAAAGGAUGUGCGAAUGCCGGGCCGAGUUUAAUGAUCUCCAUGCCAAGCUUCAUGAUGCUAUUAUGAAAGGAGACCAAGAAAAUAUCAAAAGAUUGCUGAAGGUCCAUCCAAUCAAUGAUCCUAUUACCAUCUGGAAAAAUUGUGCCUUGUUCCCCACGCUUCCGGCUCAGGGGUUAGCCAUCCUUCCAAUCCACUUGGCUGCAACAUACAGAAAGGCAAAGAGUUUACAAUGUUUACUCCAAUUAAAGGCUGAUGUAGAAGCAAGGGAUGCCUUGGGCCGAACAGCACUGCAUCUGAUUAUUGUGCACUGGCCCAAUAUAGUCCAAGAUUGGAUCGUGCCAAAGACCAAGUUCGAGAAAGCCAUGGCGGGCAUGCAGAGCCGGGCUGAAUGGUGCCUGCAGCUGCUGUGCCAGCGUGGUGUGCAGGUCAACGUGGCCACCCAGACCAAGAGUUGGGACACAGCGAUGCACCUGGCUGUGCGUCAUGGAGCCUGGCGGGCAGUGCCCAUCCUGGCACGGUAUGGUGCCAACAUAGAGGCAGCUAACCAGCAUGGUAUGACUCCACUGCACAUGGCCAGCGGGCUGCUGGACCAGCGCAUGGUGGAGGAGCUGCUGGGCCGGGGGGCACGGGUGAACAGCAAGAUGGUGGGCAGUGGCAGCACACCACUCCAGUUGGCUGUCUGCGCCGCCUCAGGCAAGGGGGCGCAGCAGCUCGGGGCUGGGCUGGACUGUGUGCGGGUACUUCUGGCAGCAGGCGCUAGCGUUGAUGCCCAAGAUCAGCAGGGGAGGGCAGCGGUGCACGAGGCAUGUUUUGGGGGACGGCAGGAGCUUAUUGACCUGUUGCUGGAGCAUGACGCUGACCUAGACCUGCGCACCAACCUGGGUGAGUCGCCCCUCUCCCUGUUCCUGGAGCGCCGGCCCAAUCUCAGGUGCAGCCACCUGCUGGCCAAACUGCUCAGCCUCUCCUGUCCUUUGCGGAUUGCCAGUGGACAGGGGGGCCAGCUGCCUAGUGGACUGCAAUGCCCAGAGUUCUGCCAGCACCGCGAGUUCCUAUUAGCCCUGAGCCAGGAGCCACCAGCCCUCCAGGAUCUCUGCCGGGUGGCAGUCAGGAAGGUCUACGGCCACCGGCAGAGGCAGCGUCUCAAAGAGAUCUUGCCCACGUCAGUGUGGCAGUUUGUUUAUGGUUACAGAGACUACGCUAAGAGGCUGGCAGAGAUAGAGGCAAUAGAACAGCUGAACUGUGAGGGUCAAGGGAACCUGGCCAACAGCCUGCUGCGCAUGCACCUCUGAGCCGAUAUGACAUUGCCAACAGGCUUUUUAAUUUAUAUUUUCAUGCAUCCAGUAGGAAUUGGUACUGGAGCCCAAGUAGAUUUUAAUAUCACUCAGUGAUGGAGAACAGCUCUGACAAUGGAACAGUCAGAAUAAAAUAAAGCAGUUUUGAUAAGAUCCCAUUAUUUAUAAAGUGUUUACGGCACACAGCAGAUCAUUUAGCCCAACCGCUAGAUCAGUUUUUAUACUCCACAGGAGCCUCCUCCCAUCCCUCUCUAUCUUCAGCACAUUCUAUUUUUUUUCAGCUGUGUGUUCAUUCAGCUUCCAAUUAAAUAUAACUAUUCAACUCAAUCACAAUUUGUGAUAGCAAGCUUCACAUUCUCUCUGCUCUCAGUAAAAACAUUUCUCUUCAAUUCUCAAACUGAAUUUAUUAGUAAUGGUCUCGUAUUUAUGGGCUAUAGUUCUGGUCCCCCUGCCACAAGAGGAAACACCCCUUCACAUCUUCCUUACAAACUCUUUCAUAAUCUUAACAAAUUCUAUUAGGUGAUCUUCCACAACAAGGAACAGUUCCAGCCUGUUUAACCUUUCCAGAUAGGUAUGACCUCUCAAUUCCGAUUUCAGUUCUGUCAAUCCAAAUUUCUCCAGUGCCUCUCUAUUCUUUCUAUAUUAUGAAUGAUUAUUGACAGUACUGAAGACAGUGAGUAGUCUUCUAUACAUGAAGCAAAACUUCCCUGCUUUUCAACUUUCUCUCUACCCGUUUACUUUUAUGGCCUCGUUAACCUUGUGUCCUCAGUUUCCAAUGCACCAAAAAAGAACUGUCAUUUGUAAAUUUUGAAUUUGUACUACUGAAUCCAUGUGCAAAUUAUUUACAUAAAUGAUGAUAACAGUGUACCCAGCAUCAAUCCUUAUGGAACAUCACUCCACAUCCUUUAGCAGUUUAAGUAACUAUCUUUCAGCCCGACUCUGUUUCUUAUUUUGUAACCAGUUUGCUACUUGUGCCCCACAUACUCUGACAUGGCUCACAACUCUACUAUGUGGAACAUUAUCAAAGGUGAACACAUUUUCUGUAAAUCAUCUGAUAUGUCAAUCCCUUUAUUUAGUGGGAAAUUUUUUGCAGUUUUGCUCUCCUGAAACAAACUCAGAUCUGACGGAGAUGUUGGUGUGCCUUUUGCUCGUGUCUUGCAUUUGACUAAGGUUUCAAGAUAUUGUGAACCAAAUCUAAAUAUCUCCCAGACAUGCCACUGUUUAAAUGAA